UCUCCAUAGCGAACCACACCCAGCUGCUGCAAAAGCCCCUCUCGCAAACAAACUAGGGUUUUUAGGCGUCAGCUCGCCGAGGGCAGGAAGGAGAGCGCGCGAGGUCGAGGAGAAGCGAACUCCGCCGCCAUGGCGUCCACCAAGGUGCAGAGGAUUAUGACCCAGCCCAUCAACCUCAUCUUCCGCUUCCUCCAGAGUAAAGCGCGCAUCCAGAUCUGGCUCUUCGAGCAGAAGGACCUCCGGAUUGAGGGCAGAAUCAUCGGCUUUGACGAAUACAUGAAUUUGGUCUUGGAUGAAGCUGAGGAGAUCAACAUAAAGAAGGACACUAGAAAAUCUCUGGGCCGGAUUCUCUUAAAAGGAGACAACAUUACAUUAAUGAUGAACACGGGAAAGUGAUAACAGCUCGCCGUGCCCUCCAUUGCAAGAAUUACUGAUAACCUAUCUAUCCCAACCUUCUAUGAAGUUAGAAUUUGAGCCUGUAGUAGUCUUUUUUUGUUUGUUCAUCUAAAUCGAUUGUAAUAUACAGUAUCAGCGAGAGAUGAUGAGUUCUGUGAAAGCAAGUGUUUAACCAGGACAUGAGUUUGGUUACUAUAUCAGGUCUGGUUUUGCUCUAUAGUUGAGCAAGGUAUCAAUGUUCUGCCGCUGUUCUGUGACUUUACCCUUUCAUUGUCAUGCACAUGUUGGCCAAAUAUUCCUCUUUUGGGGGACUGAUGAUUUAUUCCUCAUUGUCA